AUGCCUUAUUCACUUUGUCUUCCUAUAUUUUAUCCAUGUGAUAAUCAUUUUAAUUAUAAUGCACUAGGAUGUGGUACUGCAUGUUACAUCUUUGAAUCAAUAGCAGGAAUAACAACGUGGAUUAUUAGUAUUCUUGGACCAUUAUUGAUUAUUUUAUUUGCAAAUCUUUUCCUUAUUAUGAAAGUACAUCAACAUAAAUGUUUACAAUAUAUUUCAUGGUUUCCAAUAAGUCUAAUUUCUGCGAUAGACGCUAUAUCAUCAACGGUAACUAUUCUCGAAUUACGUCUUGAAUGGCUAUCAUUUGGCUUUAUUUAUUUUCCUGUACUUUGUUCUCCAGUAAUGUCAAUCAUUGCUUUACCUGAACUGAAAAAUGAAAUAAUUCAAUGGAUUCAAGAGCAACGUGAUAUUUUUAAUACUCGAAUUCAUCCUAUGAUUAGACGUCCUAGUGUACUUCAACGUAUGUUAUAA